UAUACCCGUGCUACAGUGGCUAGAAUAGGUACCCGUGCCCUGCAUGAGGCGCCUAUAUUAUCAUUUAUUGUUCUGAAGCUUCGCGAUUAAUAACGUAUAGAAAUGCGGCUGACGUCUUUCCUUCUGAAGGCGUCUAAGCUGCCCAAGGACUAUGCGAAUUUCCCCGAGUCGUACGUGAAGCGAGUGAUGGCACAGGUCGAGUGGCGCACACCCAAGGGACCUCAGUACGUCCGGCAUGUGAUUCAGCGCAAGAAAUACUACUUUGGCUUGGCACGUCCCUGGCAGUCGGACUUCUGGAAGGACAACAUGCCUGGAGUUCCCAGCAAACACGUCUAUGUCGAGCCUAUCGUGUGGACAGUGUUCAGAGGCGAUCGGGUUGAAGUCCUUGUUGGAAAGGACAAGGGAAAACAAGGAAUUGUGAACUACAUUGUCAAGGAACGUAACUGGGUUUGUGUGGAAGGACUAAACUGCGAAUACCGUACUGUUGGUUCUGGGGAAAAAACGCAAGUCAUGAAGACUGAGAUGCCUCUGCUUGUCACAACCCAAGUUGCUUUGGUGGACCCAACAGACAACAAGCCAACAAAGGUAGAAUGGCGCUACACCGAAGAGGGUGAGAAGGUCAGGGUAUCGGUGCGUUCUGGCCGGAUCCUACCCAUCCCACUGAUGGCUGAAGAAACGUACGAUUAUAAGGCCAAGAGCGCUUAUGUUGAGAACCCCAAAGACACCAGAGCAAAAGAGCUUGAAAAGAUUACUUUUGUUCCAAAGCUGAUGACGUUUGAACAAGAGAUAAUGGAGGAACUUGGCAUCAAGGAAGACAGAGUACCAGCUAAAACUUAUUGGUAUUAGGCAGUAUUGCAAGUCGUAUUUGUUUACAGUAAGAAUAAAGUUAUGUUUUGCCAUU